AUGCUCUAUGCAGUGUUUGCAACUCUCAGGAGCAUGAAGCAGUGGGAUGGCGAGAUCAUCCCUGUCGAGCCCCGUCGAGUUGGACCAUACCUCCUCACACGGGCUGGGAUGAUCCAGCAUGCCGACAUGUUAAAGAAGACUAAGGCGGAGAACAAGAAGCUCAAGAUCGACUUGCUCGCUGGAUGGCUUCAGAGGGAAGAUGAGAUUGAAAUGGCGAACGCGCAGGUCCGCGCCAUGGCCGAGGCUUACAUGCACCGCUUGACGAAGACUUCCAGGAAUAAGAAGUUGGCCGAUACACCUCGCGGAACAGAGCUUGAGGGCUCAACAAAACUUCCGAAGCUCGAUGAUCUUGCAGAUAGUCUGCUGCAAGGCGUUGCAUUCCUGGAGUGGGAGGGCAACAAAGCUUCUAUGCUCAAGAAUGGGGUGGAAGCCUUCAUCGACCUUCACGAGAUAUAA